CUGAUAUAAUUUCUCCAUGUUCCAGGCGGAAUUGGUCACAGAGACCUGAUUUCCUAGAAGCGUGUUUUCCCUUUUCAACUGCUACUAGGAGACUCCUCUAUUUAUACAAUACAUCUCAAGUUUCUGGAUCCGCACUCUCAUACCAAACAUCAAGGAUCAAUUUUAGCACAUACCCACGACUCAAUCCAUCGAGAUAUCUCUGCAAUUGAUAUCUUCUUUUUCCAUCUCUACAGCCAUGGAUAAAUCUUCGAGAACUGUUUUCUUCUCUUGUGUUCUGCUUCUCUCCUUAUGUGUUCCACCAUCUUUGGCUCAAACUUGCCGGGGCCAUACUUUCUCUACCAAUCAAGUAUUCACAGCUUGCAGCGAUCUUCCUGUAUUGAGUUCUUUCUUCUAUUGGAAUUACUAUCCAUCAAACCUCACUGCUGAUAUUGCUUUUCGCAAAGCUGGAGCAUCCACCAACACUUGGGUUGCAUGGGCUCUCAAUCCUAGUGGCCAACAGAUGGUGGGGUCACAGGCUAUUCUGGCUUUUCAUAACUCCAGCGGUGUCCCGACCGCUUAUACCACGCCAAUAACCAGCUUCUCCCCAUCGAUGCAACCGGGGAACUUGAGUUUUCAGGUCUCCAAUCUUAAAGCAGAGUAUUCAAAUGGCCAUAUGAUACUCUUUGCUACUCUGCACCUUACGAGUAGCUUGAUAUCGACCAACCAAGUGUGGCAGGAAGGUAGCAUGAGCGGAACUAGUUUUAAUUCUCAUGCCAUGGAUUCAGAAAACAGCGCAUCAGUAGGGACUAUAAAUUUUGAGACUGGAGCAACAGUUGCAGGAUCUGUCGGAACAAGCACUAAGAAGAAUGUCCAUGGAGCACUAAACGCAGUGAGCUGGGGAGUUCUGAUGCCAAUGGGAAUAAUGAUGGCCAGAUACUUGAAGGUGUUCAAGGUAGCAAACCCAGCUUGGUUUUAUCUGCAUGCAGCUUGCCAAUCAUCUGCAUAUAUUAUUGGGGUUGCUGGAUGGGGAACUGGUCUUAAAUUAGGCAGUGAUUCUCCUGGAAUCAAGUAUACCAAACACAGAAACAUUGGCAUAACCCUCUUCUCCUUUGCAACACUUCAGGUGUUUGCGUUGCUGUUGAGGCCAAAGCCAGAUCACAAGUACAGACUGUAUUGGAACAUCUACCACCAUUCCAUUGGAUAUGCAACCAUCAUUCUGAGCAUCAUAAACAUCUACGAGGGAUUUGACAUUUUAGAUCCUGAGAAGAAAUGGAAAAAGAUAUACACUGGAAUUAUCAUAUUCUUAGGUGCCCUUGCAGCUCUAUUAGAGGGUAUCACUUGGAUCAUUGUCCUCAGAAGGAAGAAAGCAGUCACCUCCAACAAGCAUGUCAUUGGGAGUGCUUAGGUUACAGCUGACACUUUAGGUUAUUAUUUUUUUUGUAGAGGUUAUUAUUUGUGUUAUGGGUACUUUGGGUUGAUUUAAGACUACAUUGUCAUUUGUUUCCAUCUUUUACAUUUGUU